AUGGACUUUAGCCCGGAACGGAGAGAAACCAGCCCCCAGCCCGCCCCAUGUGUGAUAGGCCUAUUUGGCAUCCCCGGCUGCGGCAAAUCGUUUAUGUUGAACAAACUAAAGCACGAGCUCGGCGAUUCCGACUUUCACUUCUUUGAAGACUCCGAAGUCAUCGAUAGCGUGACCGCCGGCGGGCUCGCCAUUUUCCAGAAGCUCAGCGAAGAGAACAAAACACAGUUUCUAAAGUACGCCAUCGAGAAGAUCAGGUCAAUCUGCAGGGAGAGUGGCAAAGUCGGCAUCGUUGCUGGGCACUAUAUGUGGCCUGGGAGCAAAGAGGAUAAAAAGGUGUUGGAAGCUCGUAGCGAGCAUGGUCACUCUACUUACACCCACAUUCUUUAUGUGAACACGCAUGUGGAGUUGACGGCAAGACAACGAGAGAUGGAUCCAGAUAGAUAUCGGUCCAAGCUCUCUACCGAGGAUUUGCGUUGCUGGCAGGAAGCUGAGAUUAAAGAACUGCGAGGGCUGUGCCUUGAGUAUGGGAUUCUCUUUGCAACUGUCUACCCAAACCUGCGGGACAAGUUAUCCAGUCUGAUCCUUGACUUCCGGAGCCACGGAGAAAUCCAUAACCAAUCAGUUGCCGACCAGCGUCUGGACAGGGUGCUCUCUAGUCACCGUGAGGAAUUGCGGACCGUCGUCUUCUUCGACGCCGACAAGACAUUGACACCUCAAGAUACCGUUGAAUCGUUUUGGCAAAUUCUCGCCGACAAUGCUGCGGGGGAAAGCCCGUUGGCCACUCUGUUCAAUAACAGACAGAACCGCUCAUAUACGGCAUUUCGACAGGUGAUGCUGCUGUACGAAGAGUCCUGCAGUGAUAUCGAGUUCGACUCCAUCUGCGACAAGGUGGCCUUGCGCACCGCUCUUUACCCGCAGAUGACCUUUAUUCUGCACCAGGUGGGAAGAUAUCACCACAUCUGCCCCGUGAUUGUGACUUGCGGACUACGUCGUGUCUGGGAGAAAGUGGUGGCUAGGAACGGCCUUUCCGGCGUGGUGAAAGUCGUGGGUGGUGGACGACUUGACGACGGCUUUGUUGUUGCUCCCUCGGUGCAAAGAAAUCUGGUCCUCCGCGCAAAGGGCAAUCAUUCAGCAUAUACAUGGGCUUUUGGCGAUAGUUCGCUCGACCUGCCCAUGCUGAUGGCGGCGAACAAGCCCAUUGUUAUAGUUGGGGACAAGCACACCCGCAGCGAAGACAUGGAGAAGGAACUGCUACAAGCAAUUUUGAGCGGUGGACUGCAGGCUCGUCAGGCUGUACUUGCGGACAGCUCCUCGCCACCCCGGCUGGCCGGACUAGACCGUCUUCCUGUCAUCGAUAUUACUGACCCGGAAUUCGUGGAUCCAAUCCUCCAGACUCAUAACCGACCUGGAGGCCUUGAGCUCUACCAUGCCACCGAUAGCGCCGCAGCAAAAAUAUUGAUGACCCCAACGCAGAAUUCUGCUGUCCGCGGUCCAUCCCUGAGAGACCAUCAUUUCAAAGUCGGCGCUCACCUAGCCAGAAUGUUUGUUUCUGAGCUUAUUGGCGUCGAGGAAUUCACAGUGCGCGACGUUUAUAACAACGAGACGGUCGGAUACCAACUUCUCGAAGAAGGCAAGGCAUUGAUCGUUGCAUUGAUGCGCGGCGGCGAGCCCAUGGCACAUGGCAUCAAUAGUGCCUUCCCCAGUGCCCAAUUCCUGCACGCCAGAGAGCCAAAGGACAUCGCACGCGAGCAUAUUGAGGGCAGUGCCGCCGUCAUCCUCGUUGACUUAGUGAUCAACAAUGGCACCAGAAUUGUCAAAUUCGUGGAGUCCAUCCGGGCUAUGCAUGGUGCAAUUCGGAUCAUCGUCGUCGCUGAUAUUGUCCAGAAGCAGGCGGUUUCAGGGGACAGUCCUAUCAGAGCGCUGGCGCGUUCCUCGAAACUGUCUAUCGUGGCGCUUCGUCUGUCGGAUGACAACUAUACCGGCAGCGGAAGUACUGACACGGGGAACCGCUUGUUUAACACGCUUCAUCUUGCUUGA